AUGAAGUCCGCCAUCGCCGCCACUACUCUGGGCAUGCUCGCCGCCGCAGCCUCUGCCUCCUCCCACCACCAGCUCCGGCACCUGCACUUCCCCCGUGCCAACACCACGGCCGAGCAGACGACCCUGACGGUCAUUGCCACGCAGAUUCACACCGUCACCAGCUGUGCCCCCACCGUCACCAACUGCCCGGCUCACCACACUGGCAUUGCCUCCCUGCCCGAGUCCCAGAGGACCACUUUUGUCGUCACCAACACCGUCACCCUGGGCACGACCGUCUGCCCCGUCUCCGAGGCCUCGAGCGUCUCCGCCUCCAUCGUCUCCCAGGCCACCAGCGGUGCUCUGCCCAUCCCCACCAGCCAGCCCACGAUCCGCACCACUGCGAUCCGUCCCAGCGUGCCCCUGAGCACUGGUGUCGCCGGCGUCACCUCCAAGGCUGAUGCCACCUCCCUCCCCCCGGGUCUGACCACGACCGUCACGAACGUCGUCACCUCCAAGACGCUGACCAUGACCAUGGGCACCGGCACCGAGGCCUCCGUCGUCACCACCACCAUUCAGUCCACCAUCCAGAAGACCAUCACCGUGCCCUGCUCCCAGACCGAAGAGGGCAACAAGCCUACUGGCGCCGCCGGCACCGGAAAGGAGGACACCACCACGACCACGACGGCCACCUCCAAGCUCACCCGCACCAUCACCAUCUCCAAGACAAACCCGACCAACACGGCCGGCGUUCCUGGCAACGGUGGUAAUGGGGGCAACGGCGACAAUGGCGGCAACGGUGACUGCACCUGCCCGGCCGCCCAGACCGUCACCGUCACCCCCCCUGCCUCGACCGUCUACGUCACCAUUGGCGGCGGCAGCGACGCGACCAAGGUCGACUCCAAGCCCGCUGCCACGCAGAACCCGACCAAGCCUGCGGCGGAGGCCACCUCCACCCCGUGCCCCGACUCUACUACGACCAGCCAGGUCACCGUCACCGUCGUCCCUUACCCCACGGGUAACGGCACUCACCCCAGCGGCACCGCCAGCUCCUCUGGCUUUGCUCGUCUCCGCCGCUAA